AUGUCGGAUCCUCGCAUGAGCGACAAGGAGCUCUUUGAGAUCAAUGCUCAAGCUGCCGUCAAGAACUACAGCGUCGAUCCUCGUCUGGACUACCGCACUGUUUCCGCCAUUAACGGUCCGCUCGUCGUUCUGGAAAAUGUCAAGUUUCCUUCGUACAACGAGAUUGUCUCGCUCACUUUGCCCGACGGCUCGCGUCGUGGCGGCCAGGUGCUCGAAGUCUCGGGCAACAAGGCUAUCGUCCAGGUGUUCGAGGGCACUUCGGGUAUCGACGUGCGCGACACCCACAUCGAGUUCACCGGCUCUUCGAUGAAGUUGCCCGUCUCUGAAGACAUGCAGGGUCGCAUCUUUAACGGUUCCGGUGCGCCCAUCGACAAGGGUCCGCGUGUCUUUGCUGAAGACUACCUCGACAUCAACGGUUCACCUAUCAAUCCCUUCUCUCGUGUCUACCCCGAAGAGAUGAUCCAGACGGGUAUCUCGACCAUCGACACGAUGAACUCGAUCGCACGUGGUCAAAAGAUUCCCAUCUUCUCCGCUGCCGGUUUGCCGCAUAACGAAAUCGCCGCGCAGAUCUGCCGACAGGCCGGUCUCGUCAAGCGUCCCGGUGCCGGCAAAGGUGUGCACGACGACCACGAGGACAACUUCUCAAUCGUGUUUGGUGCUAUGGGUGUCAACAUGGAGACCGCGCGCUUCUUCAAGCAAGACUUCGAAGAGAAUGGAUCGCUGGACCGUGUCACGCUCUUCCUCAACUUGGCCAACGAUCCCACGAUCGAGCGUAUCAUUACGCCUCGUCUGGCGCUCACCACGGCCGAGUACUACGCCUACCAGCUCGAAAAGCACGUGCUCGUUGUGUUGACCGACAUGACGUCGUACGCCGAUGCGCUGCGUGAGGUUUCAGCCGCGCGUGAAGAAGUGCCAGGUCGACGAGGUUACCCGGGUUACAUGUACACGGAUUUGUCGACCAUCUAUGAGCGUGCGGGUCGUGUGGCUGGACGAAACGGAUCGAUCACCCAGAUCCCGAUCUUGACCAUGCCUAACGAAGACAUGACGCACCCCAUCCCUGAUUUGACCGGCUACAUCACCGAAGGCCAGAUUUACGUGGACCGACAGCUUCACAACCGGCAAAUUUACCCUCCGAUCAACGUGCUGCCUUCGCUGUCGCGUUUGAUGAAGUCGGCCAUCGGAGCCAAGCACACGCGUGCCGAUCACUCGGAUGUCUCGAACCAGAUGUACGCGGCGUACGCCACCGGCAGGGAUGCGGCUGCAAUGAAGGCGGUUGUCGGUGAAGAGGCGUUGAGCGCAGAGGACAAGCUGGCGAUCGAGUUCAUGGAGAACUUUGAGGGCAAGUUUAUCAAGCAGGGCGCAUACGAGAACAGGCACAUCUUUGAGUCGUUGGACAUUGGUUGGGAUCUCUUGAGGAUCUUCCCCAAGGAACAACUGAAUAGGAUCAGCCCUAAGAUUAUCAAGGAGUACUACUCUAGGAGGGCCAAGAAGCAGGAUGCUAAGCAAGACGGCAAUAAGGAUACCAAGGACAACUCUCAGCAGAACGGCAACCCGAACCAAGACGCAAAGUUGGUCGAUGCCUAG